CACUUCAGAGAGGGGAGCGCGGAGGAGAGAGGGUCAGACGGAGCGGUGGGUGGGGAUAGAGCCCUUUUGGGAGAGAGAGAGGGGGGGAAACUAAAAAAUAUCACGUGUUCGAAGAUCAAAGGAGAUCCGCUUUGUAGAGGAGGAGAGGAGGAGGGGGAGGAGGAGGAGGAGGGAGAGAGGGCCAGUGUAAUUGACAAGGCUCGCGGUGGUGAAACAAACACGCUUCAGCCCAGCUCGGCUUUUAUUGCACAAUCCCGACUCCUUUGAGGCUGUGCGCGCGCGCGGAGCCGCUUCCAGACGCCUCCACCUGACCAGUUCACCCGUGAGAAAUUAUGUCCCGAUCCGAGCCGAUCCAGCCGGCAAGAUGAUGCUUUUACCGCGGCAAGGAGGAGGCUCGGCUCGUGCGCCCGACGCGCUGCUCCUGGUGGUCUUGCUGGCCGCCGCCGCCGCCUCUCUCGGUGCCGCCAAGGAUACAGCCUUUGUGGAAGUGGUGCUGUUCGAGUCCAGUCCCAAUGGGGAUUAUACCACGUACACGACUGGCUUGCAGGGACGCUUCUCCAAAGCCGGAGCCACGAUCAGCGCGGAGGGGGAGAUCGUUCAAAUGCAUCCUUUGGGACUAUGUAACAACAACGACGAAGAGGACUUGUACGAGUACGGAUGGGUUGGAGUGGUGAAGCUGGAGCAACCAGAACUGGAUCCCAGCUGUCUCACAGUUUUAGGAAAGGCGAAGAGAGCCGUGCAGCGGGGAGCCACCGCCGUCAUCUUUGAUGUCUCCGAGAAUCCGGAUGCCAUCGAUCAGCUGAACCAGGUCUCCGAGGAUCCUCUGAAGCGGCCGGUGGUUUACGUCAAAGGCAACGACGCCGUCAAACUGAUGAACAUCGUCAACAAGCAGAAGGUGGCUCGAGCUCGGAUCCAGCACCGCCCGCCCAGGCAGCCCACGGAGUACUUCGACAUGGGCAUCUUCCUGGCUUUCUUCGUGGUCGUCUCGCUAGUUUGCCUCAUCCUGCUCAUCAAGAUCAAACUCAAGCAAAGGAGAAGCCAGAGCUCCAUGAACAGGAUGGCCAGCCAGGCGCUGGAAAAGAUGGAGACCAGGAAGUUCAAGGCCAAAGGGAAAGUCCAGCGCGACAGCGGCUGCGGGGCGUCCGACUCGCUGAGCAGCAGCUCCACCUCCGACUGCGCCAUCUGUCUGGAGAAGUACAUCGACGGCGAGGAGCUGCGGGUGAUCCCCUGUGCUCACCGGUUUCACAAAAAGUGUGUGGACCCGUGGCUGCUGCAGCAUCACACCUGCCCCCACUGCAGACACAACAUCAUAGAGCAAAAGAAGGGGAACCCGAGACCGGCGUGCAUGGACCCUGCUAACGCGGUCCAUAGCAGGCAGCGGGUGGUGCUGCCGGUCCACUAUCCCGGCAGGGUGCAUCGAGCCGGUCAGCUGACGGCGUACCCGACCAGAACCAGCAUGGACCCCCACGGCAAUCCCAUCACCGUGCUGACUGUGGACCAGCACCCGGAUCCUCAGGCGCCGUACGCUCCCCAGUCAAUCAUCCGGAGCUACCACCCCGCCCUUCAUCUGGAGCACUCGCUCAACCCCCACCACUGUGGGCUGGAGCACCGGGGACCCCCCGCCUACCCCUCACAGCACCACGCUGCUUUUAAACGGCCCAAGUUCCACGGGCGAAACUUCUCCCGAGCGGCGUGCUUCUCGCAGUACGAGACGAUGUACCAGCACUACUACUUUCAGGGGCUGUCCUUCCCCGAAGGCGCUCAGGGGCCGGCGGUGGCGGGGCAGCUCGGGGGUGCCAUCCACAAGGGCCACCCCAGCAGGGCCUUUCAGCAGGGACUGAUUUACCCCACCAUGGUGCACAUGGCGCCCGCCUCCUCUGCCAGGGUGGGCGACGGCGGCAGCGCGUCCGGCCUGAGCUGUUACCACGGCCACCGCUCGGUGUGCAGCGGCUACCUGGCGGACUGUCCGGGCAGCGACAGCAGCAGCAGCAGCUCGGGGCAGUGCCACUGCUCCUCCAGCGACUCCAUGCUGGACUGCACCGAGGUCAGCAACCAGGGCGUGUACGGGAGCUGCUCCACCUUCCGCAGCUCGCUCAGCAGCGACUACGACCCCUACGUGUACCGGAGUAAGAGUCCCUGUCGGGGCUCUGCGGGGGAAGCGGCGGCGUGCGCCACGGUUCCUGUGGAAGACUCCUCGCCCAACGCACCUUUAGGACACGACUGCCUCCAGCUUCCCGCCGGGGCGUCGGGGUACAGCUCGGGGGACCACCUCUCCAACUGCAGUUUGGAGCCCAACUACAGCAGUCGCUCAUCACUGGAACCCAGGGAGAACAGCAACACUAGCACUACCUCAGCCGUGGCUUCGGACGCCGCGGCCGACAGGAACAGGGGGCCACAGGAGGAGUCGGGGGAGCGCGGAGCCGCAGCCUGCAGCUGCUGCUUCGAGGUGGUUCCCCCCAGCGUCGAGUGCAGCGGGCAGGACCAAGCUGGGCCCCUCGCCUCGGGACGCUGUCACAGAGGGGUGGAUUUUCCGAGCUCCGCCCCCCAGAACUUCUUUGAGCACAUGUGUCCUUCCUCGGAACAGGUGAGCUAUGAAGGGCUGCCUUGCUGCUUCUACAAAGAGAUGAAGGUCCACAGGGCCUCCGCCGGACGCUACGCCGAGGACUACGCCGUCAACGUGCAGUACGCCGAUCCCGAGAACUGCUCGGCGCAGGGCUGCUGUGAACUCAACCAGAGAAUACCCAUAAUUCCUGAGGACACGGACUGUGAACUGGGCUCGGGGGCGGAGACUCAGAGCAGUUUAUUGCCUGCCGGCGUCGGCGUGGAGGCGGAACUGCGGACAGGAGAGCAGCCCGAGCCCUCGGAGCGGUACUUGUCCUCGGCGCCGCUCAGAGGUCAGACGUACCUUCAGGAGGAGACCAGGGCCUUCUUCCCUCCUCAGCUUUCUGCAGGCCUCCCUACACUGGGGAGCAGUACCUAACCGGACCGGGGGGGUCUGCGUACUCCGGUCCAGAACACCAGAAUGUGCGGUACCGCAUCUGUCAAUCGUUGAAACCCUCAGUUGCCUUCUUUCUAACUUUGCUCCUGGAGCACUGAAUGUUUUCAUCCUAGAUUGUGUGGAUUUCUACUGAAAUGGCCUCUAGUCUCUAGAUAGGAAAAUGUAUCGUGUUCAUUCCUGUGGCCACAGAGUCCGGUGAUGCUCUACAGAAUCCGGUGAUCCUGGCAUCCGUUUGAAGAUUGGGCUCGCUUUCUGGUUCUCACUUCUGGCUUUGAGUCGUGGUCUCGCUGGGCUGCAGGUGUUCCCCCACCCCGGGUCUAUCUGCAUCUCUGAAAGAACAUUAAAUGUCUCCACACGUCACCACUAAUCAGAAAAUAUACUCCAGUUACGUAAUUAAAGAAGUAAAAAUUAUUUUUUUUAGAACAUGUCUUAAAUGUAUUAAAUAUUUACUUGUCUAAAAGCUUUGAUGCUUUAAUUUGAAACAAGACUUUGUUAAUCCCCUUAAAAUGUUGCGAUUAGAUUUGAUUUGACCAAAUCUGAAUAAUUUUGAUCGACAAGUUCGCAUUUUGACUCAGUUUUCCAGCAGACAGAAUGCAAUUUCAUGACAUUUAAAAUAGUAAAUAACAUUGUUUUUCUAUG